UAUAACAAUAACGUCAGUUAAAUAAUACUUGAAAUAAAGAAAUAUUAAAUUUUGAAAAUAUCAUGGAUUCUUAUGGCUGUGGGUGUAAAAAUGGUGUUAUCGUAGAAGGGGUAUUUGGAGAAAUAUAUCCUGAUUUAUUAAAUUAUAAAACAUACAGAGGAGAGACUCCAAAUUAUGAGCAAGAAUCUUUAGAAACUUUAAUUAAACAUAGUGAACAAAGUUUGAAUGAAUUAAAGCCUAUAAUUGUUAAGUCUUAUACUAUGAUAAAUAAUAACCGAAUGGAAGUUACUGUUAUCACAUGGGGUGCAUCUAUUAUAUCCCUUAAAUGUCCUGAUAAAUUUGGUCAUAGUACAGACGUUGUUCUUGGCUUUGAUGAUUUAAAAAGUUACAUGAAUCCUGUGUUUAAUCCAUUUAUUGGAUGUGUAUUAGGCAGAUGUGCAAAUCGUAUAAAAAAUGGUUGUUUUAGUAUUAAAGAUAAAGAUUAUCAAUUAACUAAGAAUGAUCUUAAUAUUCAUCAUUUACAUGGAGGGACAAAUGGAUUUGGUAGACAAAUUUGGAACUCACAUAUCGACGGUUGUUCUGUUGUUAUGAGUUAUUUAAGUGAAGAUGGAGAAGAAGGAUAUCCAGGUGCAGUCUUAGCUACAGUAAGAUUCAAAUUAACGCCAGAUAAUAAAUUGGAAAUACAUAUGCGUGCGACAACAUCUAAAUCAACUAUAAUAAAUAUGUCACAUGGUUCUUUAUUUAAUCUUGCUGGACAUGAUGCUGGUGAAAAAGAAUUGAAAAAGCAUAAGAUAUUAUUGAACUGUGAUCGAUGGACAUUUGCAGAUUACUUAGAUCCUAUACCAACGGGAGCUAUCAGAGGAGUAGGUGGAACAAUUAUGGAUCUACGUGUACCAAGACUUCUAGGAGAAUAUAUGGAGAAAGUUCCUCCAGGAGAAGGUUUUGAUCACAACUUUUGUAUAACAAAAAAUUGGCAAUCUGGUAGUUCAUUUGUUGCUCGGGCAUUACAUAUGAAAUCUGGACGCGUUCUGGAAGUCUACUCAGAUCAGCCUGGUCUCCAAUUUUAUACUGGCGGACGUUUACUACAACAAUUCUCUCCUUCAACAUUUCAAACAUACGAUCAUUUCUUGCAUCAAGAAAAGAACGGAGAGGAAUUUUUAAUAUCUGAUGUAAAACCAUUUGAUUUUCUUACAGGAAAAAAAGGAGCACAUUAUAAAAAGAAUUGUGCUUUUAGUAUUCAACCUCAGAAUUAUCCAAAUGCUAUUAAUUAUGCACAUUUUCCAUGUGCUGUGCUGUAUCCAGGUCAAGUAUAUUGUCAUGAUCUCACGUAUAAAUUCGGAAUACAACUGGCUAAUUAUAUGUAAAGAUAUGGAUAUAUAUGAUACAUAAAAGCCAUACAUAAAUAAAAUCAAAAAAUUUAGCUAGCAUACUUAUUGUAUUUCCAAAUGAUUGACUGACUGCUAAUGAACGCUGAAUCCAUCGAGGUAGUGC